GGAAGGCGGAGCCGGGAGAGCGGAGCAGGUGGGGCGGGCCGGGCCAGGCCGUGGAGGAGCCGCGCGGUGUCCCCGCGUAGGUCCCCAGGCAGUCUCCAGCUGUAGACUCCUCCCACUGCCUGCAGGAUGGCGAGAUGGCUGCCACGCUCUACCGACCUGACCCGCUUCUGCCAGAAACUCAACCGGGUGAAGACCUUAGAGGACGACAUGAUGGAAACAUCCUUCAACAGAUGCCUUUCCACCGUCGACUUGACACUUCUGGGCGUUGGGGGCAUGGUGGGCUCUGGGCUCUACGUCCUCACAGGUACUGUGGCCAAAGAGAUUGCCGGCCCAGCCGUCAUUGUCUCCUUCAUCAUUGCCGGCUUUGCCUCGCUCCUGGCUGCUCUCUGCUAUGCUGAGUUUGGAGCCCGAGUACCAAAAACGGGCUCUGCUUAUAUGUUCACCUACGUGUCUGUGGGUGAGAUCUGGGCCUUCCUCAUCGGUUGGAAUGUGCUUCUGGAGUACAUGAUUGGGGGAGCCGCAGUGGCCAGGGCCUGGAGCGGCUACCUGGACUCUAUCUUCAAUCACAAGAUAAAAAACUUCACUGAGACCCACGUGGGCACCUGGCAGGUGCCAUUCCUGGCUCACUACCCCGACUUUCUGGCUGCAGCCAUCCUGCUGGUAGCCACUGCCUUCAUCUCCUUUGGGGCUAAAGUGUCUUCCUGGCUCAACCAUGUCUUCUCGGCCAUCAGUAUGGGUGUCAUCCUCUUCAUUCUCAUCAUGGGCUUCAUCCUCGCACAGCCCAAGAACUGGAGUACCCAGGAGGGUGGCUUUGCCCCAUUUGGGCUGUCAGGUAUCAUGGCAGGCACAGCCACCUGCUUCUAUGCCUUUGUUGGCUUUGAUGUGAUUGCUGCCUCCAGUGAAGAAGCCAGGAACCCACAGCGGGCUGUCCCCAGGGCCAUUGCUUUCUCCUUGGGGCUGGCCACUGGGGCCUACAUCCUCGUGUCGAUGGUGCUGACACUGAUGGUGCCCUGGCACACACUAGACCCCGACUCUGCCCUGGCAGAUGCAUUUUACAGGAGGGGCUACUCCUGGGCAGGGUUCCUGGUGGCUGCUGGUUCCAUCUGUGCAAUGAACACGGUCCUGCUGAGCAACCUCUUCUCCCUGCCACGUAUCGUCUAUGCCAUGGCCGAGGAUGGGCUCUUCUUCCAGGUCUUCUCCCGAGUGCAUCCUCGCACACAGGUGCCAGUCAUCGGCAUUGUGGUCUUUGGGCUGCUGAUGGCCUUGUUGGCCCUUGUCUUUGACCUGGAGGCCCUGGUGCAGUUCCUGUCCAUCGGCACGCUGCUGGCCUACACCUUUGUGGCUGCCAGCAUCAUCAUCCUGCGCUUCCAGCAGCAGAAGGUGGAACCCCGUGCACCGGCAGCCGGUUGCCGACCCAGCCCUGAGCCCCAUGAGGGUUCAUCUACCAGCGAGCUGAAGGAGUACGAGUCCUUCUCUGACAAGCUCCAGCUGGUGGACAGGGACAAAAGCAAAGAGCACCGGGAGCCAGGGCAGCUGAAGGCAGCUUUUGAGCCCUACCUGGAGUUCCUCAGCGACUUCUACCCAGGCGAGGUGGUCACAGUAGCCGUGGUGACCCUGAUGGUGUCUGCCAUCUGCCUCUGCUCCAUCUUGGCGUUUGGCAACACCCACCUCCACCUGCCCACCUGGAGCUACUCCCUGUUGUUGGUCCUCUUCAGCCUGGGCUUCCUCCUCAGCCUCUUCCUUAUCUGGGCACAUGAGCAGCAGCAUGGCACACAGACCUUCCAGAUUCCCCUGGUACCCCUCUCUCCAGCACUGAGCAUCAUCCUCAACAUCUACCUGAUGCUGAAGCUCAGCUACAUGACGUGGCUCCGCUUUGCCAUCUGGCUGCUCUUAGGGCUACUCGUCUACUUUGGUUAUGGCAUCUGGCACAGCAAGGAGAACCUGCGGGAGCUGCGGCCCCAGAGCGUCAGUGCCCGCUACGUGGUGUUCCCCAGCAGCAGCCUGGAGGAGCGGGUGCAGGCGGUGCAGCCCAGCUCCCAGCCUGACCCCGGCCCACCCGACACCGACACUAACGACUGCAAGAGAUGACACU